AUGCCCGUCGCCGCCCAAAGCCACUUGACUCGCCAACAAAGUGCCCGCCGACGCAGGACAGCGUCGCGAUCCGCAGAAUCCAUGCGCGACUUGGAGAAGCUCGAGAACAUUCAUCCCGCCUUGCGACCCAACUUUCCCCCGCCGAGUACCGAAGACAUCACCGCUCUCCCGCUCCAGCACGCCCUACAGCAUAGUCCUCACCUACGGCCCAUCGCGCAUGACCGCGGUACCAUUCCAUACAAUUUCCAGUCGCACUCUCACUCAAGCCUGCCCGCCGCAGCACGAGAGCGCCGCAAGCUACAACGACCUCAGUCAUUGCGCAGGGACCCUGCCGGUGAGUCUCUCGUCCGCCGCAUCUCCAGCAGGCGGCGGAGAGAGCACGACCACCUUCGAGAAGAAGAGAUACGCGCCAUGACUCUUCCCAUGCCCCAGAAGCGCCCCGCCGGCAGCUCUGGUGGUGGCAUGCUGCGAAGAGAUAGCAAGAAAGUCAAGGGCGGACUCAACCAUCGCUUCGAACGACCCACGUCCAACGUAUCGCUGCCCUUCGAGGAUUCCGUACACUCAUCCAUGUCGAGCAACUCGGAGCUCCGCGCCUUUCGCGUGAGUACACUGGACAUGUUCUCGCCACGACCCACGAUUCGGUUCUCUGUUGGCUCGCAGUACUACUCGCCAGACCGCAGCUCACCCACGACGCUGCCUGGCAGAAAUGACUCCCGGAGAGAACGGAGGCCGCCGAGUAAUAGAGACGAGAAGCAAAAAAACAGGACAAGCAGGAUAGACGAUCUCGCAGAUUCACUGGAUGCGGGAGAGUUGCGAGAAAUACUUGAGAGAGAUAAGAGGCGCAAGGACAAGAAAGCAAGGGCCGAGCAAGAACGCCUCAGACGUCGUCUAGAACGACGGGCAGAGAAACAGAAUGCCGCUGCAGAAAUAGGAGGUACGCCAGCCACGCCCCGCCGAGAAGCCGUGGGCGCGGUCGGCUUGGGCAUCGAACGCGAGGUUCCAAUACCGAUGGAAGACGUCCGCCCAUCAACACCACCACCACGACCGCAGCAAUUAGUACUGCCUACAACACCAAAGGGCUACGAGAACAGCCAAUUGCCCACACCAUUAGAGAGCCCAACCGAAGAGCCGGUGGUAUCCGAUGCCCGCGCCAUCCGAUACUCGCGCGGCAGUGUCUCAAACCAUGUUCAUGCUCGGGGGCCGUCCAACGUGUCACAGCUACCAGAGCUCAUUUCAGAAAAACUUGCUCAAGAGAUGGUUGACGACUCUUCCGAACAACCGCAGGACCCGUUCCGGAGUGGUUCACUUCACGCUGUAGAUACGGUUGAGACCACACCAUCCAAGCGCGGGUCAAUUCGCCGACGCAGUUCAGAUGGCAGGCGCAUGGGCGUGUUCGCAGCUUUCUUCCGACGAGGCAAGCGCAGUUCACAAGAGCCAGGACGGACAACCCCUUCAGAAAUCUCGUUCUCCAAUACCUCUCGUGAAUCCAUGGCUCGUCAACCAAUACCCGCCCACUUGAUAGGCACCGCGCCUCCCACCGCUCCGAUCCAGAUCAAGCGAUCCGUCCAGCGUGCCCCGGCGAACCAUGUCUAA